AUGAGAGCAAAUGCCAUUCUUUUUGCCAAUCCCAUACCCAAGGUAUAUCAGACUCUCCCUCCACCAAAAUCAGAACUAGAUGAAGUCCUUGCAUUUAUUUAUACAGGUCCAGUACAACCUACAGAUGAAGAAUUCAAAAGGACACCAUUAUUAGUAAGUCAUAAGCGAAUAUCCGAUGCUUUAGAAUGGCUUAAGCUAAAUCACAUUGACUACGCAAAUAUUGAUAUAUCCUAUGACAAUAUCAAAUCGUACCCAGAGAAUUCUCCUCCAGUAGUUGUAAGUUAUCAUCCCCAGUAUAAACCCAAAGACGCAUUGGCUAAAAGCUUACAUGAUUCUGGAGAAGAAGAAGAAGGCACAUCAUCUGGCCCUUGUCCCUUAGUUGUUCAUGGAGUUACCGGAGAACAACUGCAUACAAAAAGCUUAAAGUCGCUGAAAGCACUUGCAGUGAAACAUCUGACGUCUGGAGGAAAAGUUCUGGCAAUGGGACAUGCAGAAAACCCAGAGUCUAUAUACAAUAAUCCACAGUUAUAUCCGCAAGUAUUUCCCUGGUUAUUUCCUUAUGGAUUAGGAGGUAUUGGUCAACCAGGUUAUUAUCAUAAAAUAUCUGAGCUUGCUCAUAAAAGGCACUUGCUAAUGUAUCAUGACAAA